AUGACGUUGUUGACUUUGAAUUCAGUUUACAUAGCCCCGGUCUGUGUCUCCAGAAGCCUCGGAGAGUUCAUCACACUGGCUGCCGCAAUAAUUUUUCUAUUUUCAUUUUCUUACCCAGCUUCGUUAUGGAAAGGGCGACUUUUCCCCAAUCUCAAAUCCGAUGUUGAGCCACCACAUCUCGAAGUCUCAAAAUCACAAUCAGUUCAAGGGUUUUACAGGAGGCGCUUUGACUUUCUGAGAAAUGGCUUCAAACAGACGGGAUCAUGGGCAUUUCAGUUUAACAUACUCAAGCACCAGGUGAUCGCCGUUUCUGGAGAAGAAGGGCGACAGAUGUUGUUACGAGAGCCUGGCCUUGAUCUCUACGAAGGAGCUCAACUCGUGCUGGAAUCCGUUCCCAAGGGCUACCAUCAACAGCAAAUCGAUUCAUUUUACAAACGCCUCUUGGGUCUGCAGAAGACCGAGAAUUUGAGCUUUAUGAUCCCUUAUCUUUUGUCAGACUGUCAGCGCAAAAUGGACACAUGGGGAAGCCAAGGUCUGGUGGAUCCUUGCUCAGCCAUCUAUGAUAUCACGUUUGUCAUGAUCAUGCGGGUUCUCAAUUCAUUCGACAUUGCGGACGACUUAGCUCUUGUUUCGCGUCUAAAGGGAUGGUUUGAUAUUCUUGAUUCAUCCACCGAGCCAUUUUCAGUCUACUUCCCUUGGAUAUACGGUCCUGCUACGUUCCGAAAGCUCUGGGCUUCUAUGAAUCUCUACCUGACUUUCAGAAGCAUUGUUCGGGAGAGAACGAGUGGUGGAGCUGCAAAGCCAGAUGCGCUUCAGCAGCUUAUAGACAGCAAUCAGACUGAAGGAUAUACGAUCAAAUUUAUGAUCGCUCUUCCGUUAGCAGGGGGUCGUUCGACAGGCACAAUUGGGAAAUGGCUCAUCAUGUUUCUCUCGUCUGAUCCAGUCUGGGCUGCAGCUGUACGCCAAGAAGUUGAAGGCCUGUUAUCAUUCUACAACGUCUCUCUACCACAACCCCUCUCUCAGCAAGAUCUCACUCGAGCAUUAUCUCAAAUCCCCCUCACAGCAUGGGAAAAAAAGAUGCCCAAGCUGGAUCUCUGCAUUCGAGAGACGAUGAGAAUUGCCCAACCACAUACAGCCCUUCGCAAAAACACAGGUCCAGAUUUCUCUGCUGGAGGAUUCACCAUCCCCUCCGGGGCGUUCGUUGCGUAUCCAUUUUCGGAUACAUUUUUGAAUCCAUCAUACCAUUCCGAUCCUAAGCGCUGGGAUCCUUCCCGGUUGCUCCAGAAAGAUAUGCCCUUCAUAGGGUGGGGCUUGGGCAACCAUCCGUGCAAGGGUCAAAGACUGGCUAUGUUGACGAUGAAGCUUUUGACUGCUUCUCUUAUGUUGAGGUUCGACUUGUCGAUGGUUGAUGGGCAACUUGAAAAUAUGAAGGGGCCUCCGGUUCCGGAUUAUAACGAGCAGCUGACUUGUCGGCCAAAGAAUAAGUGCAGUAUCAAAUUUGCUACGAGGGUGUCUUGA